GCGGUCGACGCCAGGUGGAUCCAGAGCACUCGGAGCUGUCGCCAGCGUUACGUCUGCGACCACUCCUGCGACCCCGGCGCCGGACACGCGUGCAUCUGCCAACGCGGCUACCGUCCGGCCGGGCCUGAGGACAGAAGUCGUCUGAUUGGCUACGGUGGUGGCAGCGCCGCGAAUGGAUUGAAGGGACAAGGUCGCGUCUGUCUGGACGUCGACGAGUGUGAGGAUGCGGCAGUGCGCGCCGAAUGCACGCACCGCGGCGGUGUUUGCACGAAUCGGCCUGGCGAUUACCAGUGUCUCUGUCCAUCCGGUCAAACCUGUCUUUGUGAGUCGCGUGUCUUGCUUAUCCAUCCCUCCUCGAUGGUUUUUAAUAGCACUCACAUACGCUCACAGUGGAACUGUCAAAGCCAGCUUCCAGGGGCUGGCUUUUUCUACGUAAAAAAAAAUAAUCAAAUCUACCCGCGCUUGGGUGUUUACAAUUCUACCCUCACCGGUGGCACUCCAGUCUACGUUUAA